AUGGAGAACCAUCAAUUUCCUCCAUUCCCAAACCCUAACCCUAACCCUAACCCUAAUCUCCAUCUCCACAUCCCAUUCACCGGCGGCAAGCGCAAGCGCACCGGCGUCCGCCGCAAGCCACCUCUCCCUCUCCCUCUCCCCCCUCCUCCGGCUCCCCUCGCCCCCAACCCCGACCUCUCCGAGGAGAUCAUCGUCAUCAACCGUGAAGCCACCAGCGAAGCACUCACCGGCCUCACCGCCGGCUUCCCCGCCGACUCCCUCACCGAUGAAGAGAUUGAGUUCGGCGUCGUCUCCACAGUCGGCGGCAUUGAGCAAGUUAACUACAUCCUUAUCCGCAACCACAUCCUCUCCCGCUGGCGCGAUAAUGUCUCCCAGUACCUCCUCAAAGACUCCAUUGCCUCCUCCAUCCCUUCCCACUGCGAAUCCCUCCUCAACUCUGCCUUCAACUUCCUCCUCUCCUAUGGUUACAUCAAUUUUGGCGUCUCCCCGGCCAUCAAGGAACGGAUUCCCGCCGAGCCAACGAAGCCAAAUGUGAUCAUCAUCGGCGCUGGGCUUGCUGGCCUUGCAGCUGCGCGCCAAUUGAUGUGUUUUGGUUUCAAAGUUGUUGUCUUGGAAGGAAGGAAGCGGUGUGGAGGUAGGGUUUAUACAAAGAAGAUGGAAGGGGCAAGCAAGUCCGCGGCUGCUGAUUUGGGUGGCAGUGUCUUGACUGGAACUCUUGGGAAUCCUCUAGGGAUCAUUGCCAAACAAUUAGGGUAUUCUCUCCAUAAGGUUAGGGACAAAUGCCCUUUGUACCGGCCCGAUGGCAAGUCGGUGGAUUCAGAAGUGGAUAUGAAGGUGGAGAAUGCUUUCAAUCGGCUUCUUGAUAAGGCGAGUAGGUUGAGACAAUGCAUGGGAGAAGUCUCCAUGGAUGUGUCUCUUGGUGCUGCAUUGGAAACUUUUAGGGAGGUUUAUGGUGAUGCAGUGACAGAGGAGGAGAUGAGUUUGUUCAAUUGGCAUUUGGCUAAUUUGGAGUAUGCGAAUGCUGGGUUGCUUUCGAAGCUUUCGUUGGCAUUUUGGGAUCAAGAUGAUCCCUAUGAUAUGGGUGGUGAUCAUUGUUUUUUGCCGGGAGGGAACGGGAGGCUUGUUCAGGCUUUAGCGGAGAAUGUACCAAUUUUGUAUGAGAAGACAGUGCAUACAAUACGGUAUGGUGGAGAUGGUGUGCAGGUGAUUGCUGGGGGACAGGUUUAUGAGGGAGAUAUGGCAUUGUGCACAGUGCCACUUGGGGUUUUGAAGAAUGGAUUGAUAAAGUUUAUGCCGGAGCUGCCUCAGAGGAAGCUUGAUGGGAUUAAGAGGCUUGGAUUUGGGUUGUUGAACAAAGUUGCUAUGUUGUUUCCUCAUGUGUUUUGGAGUACAGAACUUGAUACAUUUGGGCAUUUGUCAGAGGAUCCAAGUCGGAGAGGAGAGUUCUUUUUGUUCUAUAGUUAUGCGACCGUGGCAGGUGGUCCGCUUUUGAUUGCAUUGGUUGCAGGGGAAGCGGCGCACAACUUUGAAAGCAUGCCUCCAACUGAUGCUGUGGCUCUAGUUCUUCAGAUUCUCCGGGGUAUAUUUGAACCGCAAGGAAUCAAUGUCCCUGACCCUCUACAAAGUGUUUGCACUAGAUGGGGUACUGACUCAUUCAGUUUAGGUUCAUAUUCUAAUGUAGCUGUAGGAGCAACAGGAGAUGACUAUGAUAUAUUAGCCGAAACUGUUGGAGAUGGCAGGCUCUUUUUCGCCGGUGAAGCCACAACAAGGCGAUACCCUGCAACUAUGCAUGGAGCCUUCUUAAGUGGUCUUAGAGAGGCUGCGAAUAUGGCUCAUCAUGCUAAUGCACGAGCCUUGAAAAAUAAAAUCGACAGGAGCCCAACUAUGAACAGCGAGUCAUGUGCUGCACUUUUAGCUGAUUUGUUCAGAGAACCAGACCUAGAGUUCGGAAGUUUUUUUCUGUUAUUUUUCGGGCGGUCUGACCCAAAAUCAGCAGCGGUACUAAGGGUGACAUUGGGUGGCUCCCGGAAGAAGGGUAACAACGACGGUUUGAAGUCUGACCAACAACAUUCAAACAAGGUGCUAUUUCAGCAACUCCAGUCACAUUAUAAUCAACAGCAACAGAUACAUCUAUACACAUUGUUGACUCGGCAACAGGCUCUCGACUUAAGAGAGGUGCGAGGAGGAGAUGAGAUGAGACUUAACUACCUUUGUGAAAAGCUUGGGAUAAAGUUGGUCGGUAGAAGAGGAUUAGGACCUUCUGCUGAUUCUGUUAUUGCUUCUAUCAGAGCCGAUAGAAGUAACCGGAGAACCAGUUCGAUGUCUUUAGAGUAGUUCUGAUCAAAGAGUUUCCGAUCUUGAAAAUCAUUAGAUCAUCCUCACAUCGCUAACUUACACGAAAGAGGAAGACGGAAAUCUCUUAUCGAAAUUCCAAGCCGGGGAUUUUUAUCAAAGAAAAGCUUCAAGCCUCUCAAGUAAUCUCUAGUCUUCCAAGAAUUUUCUUCUCCUCAUAGAGUUACUAUCAUGUUGUGUGAUUAAUUUGUUAAAUUUAUUCUAAUAUUAAUAAUCUGAAAAUAGUUUUGUAUUUACUCUCACUUUGAACAAAUACCUUUUCACAAAUAGUUCAAUGCUUCCAUGCAUUUAGAUU